AUGCAAAAUCAACCAUCCGCUUCUACUGGACGCCCAGCGCCCAAUUUCACGCCAAAUCCGGCAGUUAGUGGACCACCCCCGACACCAACGUAUACAUCUUGGCGACAAAUGCCACCGCCGCCUCCUCCAAAUCAAUCUACGGGACCGCGAAUGAGUCGAGCAUCAUUAUUUCGGACUCAGCAACGUCAACAAUCGAACGAAGACUUAGCGGCGGUGAGACCGCAACCCGUACCGCUAGGAGUACCUGUUUUGGCGCAACAGCCACAAUACGAUGACCAAGGUGCAUUGAUAAAUCCACCGGAAAACGCGCCGCCAGCAGCCGAACCACCGCAAAAUCGUAGCAUUUUUCGAACAAAUACGCCACAGGAGCGUAAUCGACAAGAACGCAGAGGACCGCUAGAACAAAGUGCUCGCGGCCACAAUAGAUUCUUCAAGCGAUACGGCAUCAAGUCGACAAUUUUAAAACCAUUCUUUCCGCUAACAUUCUACCCAGUUAGAUACACGUUACUCGGCGUUUUUAACCGCCAAGGAGGCACAAAUACGGCACUAGCCGCUCAAGAUAUAUUAUUAAUGGGCGAUGGUUAUAUAUUUGGGAUGACCCAAUAUAUUUUACGGUUAUGA